AUGUCUUUGACAGAUGAAAUCUACCCUACGCUGAGUCGCGAAACAAAAUCAACCAGGCUCCUGCAAUUUCAGCCCCAGCAGGAAGACGAACCCUUGCAAUGCACGCUGACAACACACUCGCUUAACGACGCUCCUCCGUUUAUCGCUCUCUCAUACGUUUGGGGAGCGCCUGAACCAACACACGACAUAACCAUCAACGAAGUUACAUUCCGGGUGCGAGAGAAUCUAUGGCACGCCCUCCAACAACUGGAAAAUAUCGCCAACAACGACGAAAACUGCAUCUCACAGCAGAAGAAGUCCGGCACGGUAUUACCAAAAUACUUCUGGGUUGACGCGAUUUGCAUCAACCAAAAUGACAACUCGGAGCGCGGUCAUCAAGUCGGCUUGAUGAAGGGCAUUUUUUCCAUGGCACACUUUGUGAUUUCGUGGAUAGGACAGGAAGAAGGCGAAAUCGCCGCCAUGCUUGAAUAUCUCAAGGGCCUCAAGCACACUGCCCGAAGGGAGAGGAACCACUACCUUCGCUCACAGAAGCGGAAGUUCUCUUUUAAAGACGCAAAGUGGUUUGUGUCACGACCGUACUGGUCCCGGAUCUGGAUUGUGCAAGAGUUUACUUUGGCUAGAGAGUUAUGGGUAUUAUGCGGAUCUGUCGCCAUAUCAUGGACUUCCCUGCAACAGUUUCGACCAUUUGGCAUAUCUGACCAGACAAAUCUUGGGUUCAAGCAUCUCUCAAAGUCGGAAAGCCAUUACAGCAUCGAGCCCCGUGUCAACAGCUGUAGAGAGUUAUCAAAACUCCGACGGUCGUGGCAAACAGAUCCGAAACGCCCUUCCUUCACAGACAAAGACCCCGGCUUUGGAGCAAGGCCCAAAUUGACCCGCCUUCUCGCCUUUUCGAAAGACUAUCAUUCAUUCAAGACCGAUUGCCAGCUGACUACAACAUUACGCCGUUCCAACUCUAUCACCGAGUGA